GACAAAAAUAAAGUAAAGCGGUAGGUGACAAGAGGCAGAAAUGGCGAUAAAUGAGAAAUUUGCACUGCCCACGCCCGCCCGCGAGAGCGCGAGGGGCCGGGCGUGCUGAGAGGACUUCGUGAUGUUGGACUACGUAACGUAUAAGUACGUGAGGCUCAGGGACUCGAGGCUGGGUGCUCUCUAUUACAUUCUAGCCUUCCUCAUCCUCAUCUACAGUCUCAUUGAGAUAUUCCUGCGCAAGGGAUAUUUGCAGUUGGAUACAAACCCACAAGGGACUGUCAAACUCAUUCUGUCUGAUGACUUUGCUGACGAGUCAUCAUCCCCUGUCUCGGCCAACCAGCCAUAUUGCCAGGGAGACAUUACCUGUCGGUAUCUUGACCCUUGGGAUCUCAACUGGCCAAUAGAAUCUAGAGCUCUGACAAUCACAACCCUCUCCAAGGACAGGGUCCAGGAGCAAGUCUCUGACACCAACAGCGGUGCCGAUGAGUACGUAACUAAAGAGGAGUCCCAAUACUUCACACAGUCUCCAGAAAGAGUUGUGGUGAAGGUUGAUCAUGCAGUGGUGGCUGGACUGUUCACUAACGAGAGGGGCGGGGAAGUACUGGCUGCCUCACAGAGACAGAUCACAGGACACCUGGUCGACUCAGCUGGGAACAUUAUAAAACAGGUCUCUGCUCCUGGGAAGCCUGACAAGCUGGUCAUUGGUGAGCUGCUGAAUGCGUCUGGACUCCAUUCUCUGGACUGGGAAUCAGACUCUGUAUCAUCUCGAGGUCGAAGCUACAGGGAGAGGGGUUGUAUCUUGAGUGUCUCCAUCUUCUACCAGAACUGGUUUAACACAUGGCUCGGAACUAUGGACAUACAGUAUCUGUAUAGGGUGAAAAAGGUUCCCUUUAUGGACAACAGUCUUAAACAGGUGAUCCCACUGGCUGUGUCUGAGGGCGGUCGCAAGAGAAGGCUGGUGAGGAAGAUGUAUGCAAUCAGAGUUGAGUUCCACCAGGCAGGAAGUUUAGGAGUGUUCUCUCUAUCGGCUCUUCUCAUUCGUCUUGUGUCCGGAAUCGGUCUCCUGACCUUGACAGCCACCCUCACCGAUACUCUGGCCCUCUACGUCCUCCCCAAUAGGAACAACUACAGGAAGAAGGUUUACGAAGAUGUAGCCAAGGCUUCAGAACACCAGAAGACCAACUGAUUGUGGUUAAUGUGAUUGUUUUCUGAUGCAAAUCACAUGAUUGAAUUCUGAACUACAGUA